AUGGCGCGUCUUAGUAUUUUUGUAGUGAUGGUUAUUGCAAUCACAGCGAGUGCAGAACCACCACGUUUUGCAAGGCAACGGUUUCGUCCUACUUUCCCUGGAGCAGAACCUCCUCGCCUUCCACCUAGAAGAUUUAGACCUGUUGGACCGUUUUUCGCCCGUCAAGAAAUAGCUAUUUCAAAUGCUGUGGACACAGGCUCAGGAGCUCCACCACCACUUAAUGGUGGAUCACCAGUAAAUGGUGGAGCACCUGGAAAUGGCGGAGCACCAGGAGCACCUACAAAUGGCGGAGCACUUUAUCCACCAGCCCAAGCACCAUAUCCUCCAGCAGGAUUCCAACCAGCAAUAGCCUUCCGUUUGCCACAAAAAGCCGAACCAACACCUGCUACCAAUUAUGGACCACCAGCAGCAAGCUACCUUCCUCCAGCACCACCAAGUCCUAGCUACGGUCCACCACCAUCACCAAGCUACGGUCCACCAGCUACGGAUGCUCCUGCGGAAGAAUUCCCCGAGGCAGAAGCAGAGGCGGAACCAGUUCCAGAAGAUGGAUCGGAAGCUAGUGAUCUUGCACGAUUCAGAGCUGAAAAGAUUAAGGAGAAGAAGCCUGAAGAUGUUCAACCAAUAUUUUUGGUGGGAGUGCCUGCUACCGCUGCUUUCCAAAAGCUUACGUUUGUGGACGCGCCAGUCACGAACCAAGCCCUGAUUCAGACACAGCCUGUUCUGUUGGAUGCCGAACAAGCUAAGGGUUUCUCUUAUGUGUCACAGUAUUCGACUUGGUAA